GUUGUUCCUUCUUUUCCAUGGCGGACGAGUCUCUUUGCCUUUUGCAAUCAGAUAACCCACAUGACACAGGGUCUAAGGUUUUUAGGUUUUUUGGCUUUCAAAUGGUAGCUGCUCUUCCAAAUCACUUUUGAUGCCAGAUGACCUUUUGGAGACAUUUUGCUUGUGAAUUUUCAUGUUACAUAUUGGACUUUUUGUUUUUUCUCGGCAGUCAUGUUAGAGUAAUGUUUAGUUAAUGGGUUAUGCGAAGUGAUACACAAUGGUGUAUGGUGCAGAAUAAAAUGUUCGUGAGAGGUAUCAUUUCCUUUUCAUUCAUUAAGUUUACUAGUAACUUCACAACUAACAAGUAAGACUUUCAAGGUGAAAAUUAAUUGAUGGUAGAGCUUCUGAAUAUUACAUUUUACUGUCAAUAUUAAAAUGGAACAAACUGUGAGCUUUUUCAAUUAUUAUGCUCGUCACUCAUAGCAUAGUCCAUUCACUUUGAUUUUUCAUAAAAUAUGGGGCGGGGGAGGGACAAAUGGUUGUAGCUGGUCUUCAGACUCUGGACUUUCUUAUAGACUUGCCUGGAUGAUUUUACUUGAAGUGCUGAAUAGAGAGCAUGAAAGCUUAGGUAUGGCACAGUGAAGUAGUAACUGACUGAUUACCAUGAAGAGAAAUCCUAUAAGCCUGACAAUAAGAGCAAAGCACUCAUAUGCUCAUGAGCUCCAUGCAAGCAGAUUUGUUUGACCUUUGAAAAUUGAUGGUGGUACUUAGUGUCUAUUUGGAGGACACAUCACAAAGUUGGAAGGGUCUUUGCAGAAGCAACCCCAACAAUGUAGAAGAGACAGGGAGAAUUGAUGCGGCAAGUAAAAGAGUGUUUCUCGCGGCUUGUGACUCUCUACCCACUCUUGACGCCACAUACAUACCCUAGCUUGCAUAUGCUCUCCUCUCCUCAAAAUUAAAUUGUGAUCAAAUAAUCUAAACUUUAGGUGAUGAUGGAAGGGCACAUGAACACCAUGCCCUAGAAGAUAAGGGCCAAUGUGUCCUCACUCCUUAGGGAAUGAGGGCCAAAAUGGAGUUUAAGGGAGGCCCGUGGGCCCCGCAGGUUCUGAAGCAAUGUUAUUUGGGGUCACGUGGGAGCGUGGAAGCAAGGAAGGAAGGAACAAAACCCAAACUGCACAUGAAAACACAUUGAUGUUUGGGUUUCUUGACUGGCACGUGCGCAUGUGGCCUUCCUUUCUUUUUUAUUUAUGAGGGGAGGGGCUAUGUGGCGCACUUUUAGUGAUGACUUUUUGUGAUCCAACUUUUGGGUGCAUGUAUCCAUGCCACUUGCUGUCUCUAGAUCCGUCCAAAGUUAAAAUGAAAUGCAUUUUCCCCAAAAGGCCAAAACCUUGGCAAAAAUUUUAUAAAUUCCAAAACUAAACAGCAAUAGAUCCGUGUAUCCAAGGAUGUUAUCUUUUAAUUUGAUAAACAACUUUUAAGAUUGUUAUGGGUAGAUUCUUGGUCUAUAUGAUGCUUUUAUUUUUUGAUUUUCAAUCGGUGAUCAGUUACAUUACAAGUCUUUGACUCGAAAGACUACUCUAUCUUAUAUUGUUAAUGUUUCUCAUCCCAUGUAGAUGUCAUGACUUAAAUUGGGUUAGGUUAUGUAGUUAAGUACCAAAGUAAACCAUCAGUAGUAGUCUGGUGGUAAAGUUGCCUUUGCUUUUAGCCACCAAUUAAGAGGUCAAUCCCUACUUACUAUAUUCUAAAAGUUGAGUUAGGCUUUCAUGAUGUUUGCUAAAGAUUAAUUACAAAAACUAAUCUUUGAUAGUUUAUAUUUGACAUUUAUGAGGAUGUCCUGUACAUCUCCCACCAUAUCAUAAGAAUGUCUUUCAUUUUCAUUUUUCUUAUGUGCUUAGUUAUUUUAUCUUGAUGAUGUUAUGGUUCCACUUUCUUUUUUGUGCAAACACUCUUGUGCAAUCCCUACUUACUAUAUUCUAAAAGUUGAGUUAGGCUUUCAUGAUGUUUGCUAGAGAUUAAUUACAAAAACUAAUCUUUGAUAGUUUAUAUUUGACAUUUAUGAGGAUGUCC